AUGGGGAUCGACACGGCGGCGUUCGUGAGCCUGGUGAACACCGCGCUCCCCAGCCUGGUCGCCAAGGGCUUCCGCCGCCGCGCGGGGAAGGACGCGGGCGGAGCGGGCGCGGCGGGUGGCGCUGUGGCGGGAGGCGCGUUCGGAAGCGACGGGGGGGAGGCGCUAGGGGUGUAUCGGUCGGAGGGCAGGAUUAAUACUGAUGCGCCGGGGGGGUUCCGCGCAGGGGGAGUGAAGGGGGUUUACGCGGACGCGCGCGGAUUGCACCGGACGGGGAGUGGGUUUACCAUCAGCGGGUUCCCCAAGAGCGCAAGCGCAAGCGCAACGGCCGGGGGAGAGCCGGACAGGCGGGGCGCGGCUGCGGCGGACAGCUCCGCGCAGCCCGGGCAGAAGAGCGCGCUUGGCGGCGGCGGCGGAAGCGACGGAGCCGUUACGAGCGCAAGCGCCAGCGGACUGGCGGGGGGAGGCGCGGCCGGUGGGAUGGGCGUGUCAGGCGGAGGGGGGUUGAAGGGGGGAGGGGGAGGGGAUGGCGCGGGGGCAGGGGGAGCGCGGGGAGCGGGGUUGGGGGAGGAGUUACCAGACGUGGCGAUUGGUGUGCUGUCGAAAUGGGUGCACCUGGGUCGAGGCUGGGCUCCCAGGCUCUUCAUCCUCGAUAAGGGCGUGCUGUCGUACUGCAAGAUAGAGGGCCCCCACCGGGCGAGCGUGCUGCUGGAGGUCCAGCGGCGCCCUGGCGCAUGCCUCGUGGGGGAUGAGACUGCUCCCUCUGCUGCUGCCGCUGCUGUUACACCUGCUGCUGCUGCUGCUGGUGCUGCUGCUGGUGCUGCUGCUGCUGCUUCUGCUGGUGGAGGCACAGGAGCAACGACAACAGGCGGAGCAGGAGGAGGAGCAGGAGGGGCAGGAGGAGGAGGAGGCAAGGCCGCAGCUUCACAUGCAAACACACGGCCGCUGUGCAGAGUGUAUGGGGAGAUACAUCUAUCGGUGUCAUCGCUACGGGAGAGCCAGUCGGACGAGAGGAAGUUCUACGUGUUCAGCGGGACCAAGACUCUCGACCUGAGAGCAGAGUCCCGCGAUGACAGAGGCCUCUGGCUCGACCUCCUGCAGGCGGCCAAGGAGCGCACGGGGCGCAGCCAGAGGGAGGCUGAGCAGGCCACGUUCGUGGCAGACGUGAGUCUAGAGCCCCUGCGCGCGUGCCUGGCGCGGGCAGACGUCAGCGCGGAGGUGAUCAAGGAGUGCGAGGAGGUGGUGCGGCGCGAGGUGCUGCAGCGCCUGCAGCUGCGGCUAAGAGAGGAGCAGGAGAGACGGCAGAUGCUGCACGAAAGGAUUAGUCAACUGGAGGCGGAUAAGGUGGAGCUAGAAUCUGCAGUGGUGGAAGAGUCAAUGCAUCACAUUCGAGUUCUUCUAUCCAUCCUUGCUCCUUCCCUUCCCUCUUCCCGACCGCUACUUGCUGCACCCCACUCACCCCCCACCCACUCCCCCCCACCCACUCUCCCCCACCCACUCACCCCCCACCCACUCUCCCUCUUCCACUCGCCCCCCACCUUUUCUCCCCCACCCUCCCUCCCCCACCCACCAGACGGGGACGAGCAGAGCGAAACAGCCACCACCACAGCAGCCGCUGACACUGACAAAGGGGCGCCCGUGCUGCUCCCCAUCACAGACAACAACCGGGAGGACGAGGAAGGGGACGAGGACGAGGAGGAGAGUGAGGAGGAGGGAGAGGAGGAGGGGGAGGACGAGGGCGACGACGACCACAGCAGCACGCAGGCAGGCGAGGACGAGUUCUUUGAAGCCAUGGACGAAUUCGUGGGCUCACGCCGCUGGGAGGAGAUGGCGUCCCUCUCCCUCUCCCUGUCCUCCCUCUCCUCCCCGCCCGGCGGGUCCUCCGAGCGAUCCCUGUCGAGCCUGUCAAGUCUGGACAUGGAGAAAGUGGGGUUCACGUAUCCGUACGUGCCGCGGCGGGAGAGGUUGCCAGAGCCUGCUGAAGAGGAGAAGGCGGUGGGGCUGUGGAAUAUAAUAAGGGACUGUGUGGGGAAGGAUAUGUCGAAGAUAUGUCUGCCGGUGUACUUUAAUGAGCCGAUUAGCACGCUGCAGAAGUGCUGCGAGGAGAUGGAGUAUAGCUGGCUGCUUGACCGCGCUGCUGAGUAUGGCCGCCGGGGCGAGCAUCUGAUGCGGGCACUACACGUGGCAGCGUUUGCCAUGUCAGCGUAUGCAGCGAGUGCAGAGCACCGGGUGCAGAAGCCAUUCAACCCGCUCAUCGGAGAGACCUACGAGGCCGAUUUCCCCGACAAGGGCUUCCGAUUCAUCUCCGAAAAGGUGGUGCACCACCCGCCCAUAGUGGCAGCGCACUGCGAGGGGCGGGGGUGGCGGUUCUGGGGGGACUGCAACAUCCGGAUCCGCUUCUGGGGGCCGUCAAUGCAGCUGGAGCCGCUGGGGGUGCUGUCCGUGGCGUUUGACGACGGGGAGGUGUUCGAGUGGAACAAGGUGACAACGGGCAUCUACAAUCUGAUCAUAGGCAAGCUGUACGUAGACCACUACGGCACCAUGCGCAUCAACAGCAACCGAGGCAUCUCAGUGCGACUCAAGCUCAAGGAGCGAUCCUUCUUUGACCGCGACACACACCAGGUGCGGGGGUACGCAGUGGGCGAGAAAGGAGAGAAGCUGGCGACGCUGGUGGGGCGGUGGGACGAGUCGUUGCACUAUGUGCCGGGGGACCUGUCGCACAAGGAGCAUGGCAAGGCGGCCAAGGACGACCAGCACCUCAUGGCGCACGCGCACCUGCUGUGGCGGAAGUCCCCCCCCUCGCCCUUCCCGUGCAAGUACACCUUCACACCGUACUGCAUCACUCUCAACGAGAUUACCCCGGACCUCAAGGGCGUGCUCCCCCCCACGGACUCGCGCCUGCGUCCGGACCAGCGCUCAUUGGAGGAAGGGUACUUUGACCGCGCCAAUGCGCAGAAGAUCCGACUCGAGACACGGCAGCGCCAGGCGCGUGAGAGCAAGGAGGAGGGGUGGCAUCCGCGGUGGUUCAAGCAGACAGGGCCGCACAACACUGACUGGUCUUCUUCCGGCAAGGAUAUCUUUGCAGAGGAGGAAGCCAAGGGAGUUGUGGGAUGGUUGGAGGAAGAGAGACGAGUGAAUAAGGAGUGGAGGGAGCAGCGCGCUGGCAGGGACUGGUCCUCUGUGAAGGAGAGCUUCGCGGGCGAGGAGGCGAGGAGGCGCCACUUUGAGCCUCUGUGA